AUGGGGCUGUCAAACAGUGACAUAUGUCACUGUCAAUUAAUUUUAGUGUACUUACCACCUGUCAUGGCGGAAAUUGCUGUCUCCGGUGCCAUGCAUGAGAUUGACGUUGUGGCGACAUCUGACAAAACUGCACGUAUCGCAGCACUAUCUGAGAAGAACCGCCAGUCCAAGAUAGUUUAUGAGAAGAUAAUCAACCACCCCUGGUACAAAUCAGCGAAGCGCAUUUCUCUAUACAUGAGCACAGACCAGGAGAUCAACACUGCUCCCAUCAUCAGCCACAUCAAGGAGCGAGGAGCCAAGGCCUUCGUCCCGCAGUACGCUGGAGGCAUCAUGAGGAUGCUGCUCCUCGAGGAGAAUGAUGAUGAGAAGACCAUGUUCAUCACGAGACAUGGAAUCGCACAACAUGGAAAAGAUCAGAAAAGGGAAGAUGCUGUUGAAACUGGUGGACUGGAUCUGGUGAUAGCUCCAGGAGUAGCGUUCUCCAAGUCCGGAGACAGAUGUGGUCACGGUGGCGGCUACUAUGACAAGUUCCUCGCCGGUCUUAGAAGUAACCCGGCAACUGCACCCAAGGUGGUAGCAGUAGCCUUCAACUGCCAGGUGGUAGACGAUGUACCAACGAACGAACAGGACCAGAAAGUGGACGCAGUUAUUUACGCUGACUAACUAAUACGAUAGAACUUUAUAUUAUGAUAAUUAAAAGUAACAUAUACAUGUUACUUUUAAUUAUAAUUAUCUAUUGCUUCAUUAUCAAUAAGACAAAGUUUUAUUACUGCAUUCAGAGAGAAUUAAGUCUUUGACUGCCAAUAGAAAACUGUUGAAGGCAAAUCCUCAACGUCGGUCACCGGUGACCACCACGGCGUUCAAUGUGUUAAUGAUUACUUAAACUAUUCCUUAGUAACAAUUUUGUAUCGAAAACAAUUGCUAAGGACUGGGCUAAGUAUCCAUUAAAUGACUGUAAGUAGUUAGUUCCUAAUCAUCUGUUAAAGAUACUUUUGUUAAUAUGUUUGUUGAAAUAAUGCAUUUGUAUUGUAAAUAAAACACCAAAGAAUUCA